AUGGACGGCCAAACGACCAGCCUCGAAGCGAUUAUCGAGAACAAUCUCACCGGACGCGACCUGCAGGAGUUCAACAGGAUAUACUACGGACGGAGGGAUCACAACGAGCUGAAGGUUAAGGAAUCGUCGAUUGCCGCGGCGAAGGAUGCGGACUUCGAAAUAGCCGCUUACGCCUUCCCGGCGAAGAGGGAGCACACGCGACCGCCCAGGAUCGUGAAAGUCGGCGUCAUCCAGCACUCAAUCGCCGCGCCCACCGACCGGCCGGUCAACGAACAGAAGAAUGCCAUACUCGCCAAGGUCAAACGAAUCAUCGACGUCGCCGGCCAAGAGGGGGUGAACAUCCUCUGCUUCCAGGAGCUGUGGAACAUGCCGUUCGCGUUCUGCACCCGCGAGAAGCAGCCCUGGUGCGAGUUCGCCGAGUCCGCCGAGGAGGGACCAACCACGCGGUUCCUGCGGGAGCUGGCGAUCAAGUACGCGAUGGUCAUAGUCUCUUCCAUCCUCGAGCGCGACGAGAACCACGCGGACAUACUGUGGAACACGACCGUCGUGAUCAGCGACACCGGCAACGUGAUAGGCAAGCAUCGGAAGAACCACAUCCCCAGGGUUGGCGACUUCAACGAGUCCAACUACUACAUGGAGGGCAACACCGGACACCCUGUGUUCGCGACGCGUUACGGCAAGAUCGCGGUCAACGUCUGCUUCGGCCGUCACCACGUGCUCAACUGGAUGAUGUUCGGGCUGAACGGCGCCGAGAUCGUGUUCAACCCUUCGGCUACUGUCGCCGGAGAGGCUGGCAGCGAGUACAUGUGGAACAUCGAGGCGAGGAACGCCGCCAUCACCAACUGCUACUUCACCGCCGCCAUCAAUAGGGUUGGCUACGAGGAGUUCCCCAACGAGUUCACCUCCGCCGACGGUAAGCCAGCCCACAAGGACCUGGGCCUGUUCUACGGCUCUAGCUAUUUCUGCGGCCCUGACGGGGUGCGCUGCCCAGGGCUGUCGCGCACAAAAGACGGUCUCCUCAUCGCCGAGAUGGACCUCAACAUGAACAGGCAGAUAAGGGACCGCAGGUGCUACUACAUGACCCAGAGGCUGGACAUGUACGCGGACAGCCUUAGGAGAGUACUCGACCUGGACUACAAGCCCCAAGUCGUUCACGAGAGCGAAAAG